AUGGCCAAUAAUACCAUUGUUGAUAAUAUACAGAGAAUUCCACCAGUGACACGUUUUUUCACUAUUGCUUCAGUGAUUACAUGCAUUAGCAUAGUUGGUGGCUUCUUUCCGGUAUCUAGAUUAUUAUACACUUAUUUCGAUUUAAAAACGGAUUUCAUUCAUAUUCAUUAUGUUAUCAAGAACAAAGGUUUCACAGAGAUAAUAUCUACCAUAUUCCUUGUAGUAGUUAAUUUUUAUAAAUUUACAACCCUGUUACUUAUUCCAGAGUCGAUAUUUUCACAACGAUACCAAGCGUUGAUUGAUAUUUAUUUCUUUUACACAUUCUCCAACCAUUUAGAAAUAUUUGGAGGCAAAUUCAAUGGGAACUUUCCUGAUUACUUAUGGUAUGCCAUUAUUUGUGGUACGUUAACGAAUGUUCUUGGAUUGUUAUCCGAGGCUUUAUUUGUUGAAGCAAGUGUUUUCCCAUUUGACUGUUUGCUCGCCUGUGUCACUUAUACAUGGGCCAGAUGCAACAAGAAUGCCACCAUAAACUUGAUGGGUAUUGUUCCAAUUAAAGCCUAUUACUUACCACUCGGGAAUUUAGUAAUCAAGUUUAUUGCUCUUGGUCCAUCUGGGUUAACAAAUGCAAUCAUUGGUAUCACAGUUGGUUAUCUUUAUCUUUGUAUUCAACUGAGCACAAUGCCACUAUAUAACUUGAUGAGUGGUGCUUAUGGUCAAAAUGGUAACGGUACAAAAAAUGAUGAUUCAAGAAGAGUAGGAAUCCUGACUUACGUGGAUACUUCAAAUAGAUUUGGUGGUUCUCAUGCCGAAUUUAUUGAUGAUUCAAUUUAUGAUAAGGGUUACUUGAAGGCGCCUAAGGUGUUGUAUGAUUUUUUGAAGUAUCCUAUCAAUACAUCAGUAAGAAAAACUGCGUUCACUAGUAUUGAUUCACAAGCAAGAAGAACGACGUUACAAUCUCAACAAAGAGGUUCGGCUACCACAACGUCAACCGGCACCAAAAGAGCCGAUUCGACCACUGGAAGUAGUACAGGGUACUCAUGGUUUGGAGGUAACAACCAGGCAUUCAAAGGCAAAGGUCGCAGAUUAGGUGAUUGA